AUGUGGCGGGCAAGUAUAGGCAAUGUGGCGGGCAAGGGAGGUACGUGGAAGCGAGGGGGCGGGCGAGGGAGCGAGGAGGCGGGCGGGCGAGGGAGCGAGGAGGCGGGCGAGGGAGCGAGCAGGCGGGCGAGGGCGGUACGGGGGAGCGAGCAGGCGGGCGAGGGCGGUACGGGGGAGCGAGCAGGCGGGCGAGGGCGGUACGGGGGAGCGAGCAGGCGGGCGAGGGCGGUACGGGGGAGCGAGCAGGCGGGCGAGGGCGGUACGGGGGAGCGAGCAGGCGGGCGAGGGCGGUACGGGGGAGCGAGCAGGCGGGCGAGGGCGGUACGGGGGAGCGAGCAGGCGGGCGAGGGCGGUACGGGGGAGCGAGCAGGCGGGCGAGGGCGGUACGGGGGAGCGAGCAGGCGGGCGAGGGCGGUACGGGGGAGCGAGCAGGUGGGCGACGGCGGUACGAGGGAGCAGGUGAGGGGGAGCGGGGGAUGGGGAAAGGAGGAAAGGGCGAUCGACGCGAGCGAUGCGGGAAGGACGAAAGGGCGAGCGUGCGAGUGA